AGUCUUGCACAGGUGUACCGGCUCCUCCCCCAUCCAGUCCCCACCCAGGUUUACCCCACUUCCUCCCCUUCACUCUUGUACAAAUGUACAUUGCUCCUCCCUUACUCCCGUUCAGUCAUGCACAGUUGUCUGACUCCUCCAACCACCGAUCUUUGCAAGGUGUAUCUCCCAGCCCCUCCCCUUCCCAAGUCUUGCACCAGGUGUACCGGACUACCUUUCUUCAGUCUAGCACAGGUGUACUGGCUCCUCCCACCCCUUCAAAGUCUUGCAACAGUUCCCACCGGCUCCUCCCCUUCACUCUUGCACAGGUUGUCGGUUUCUCCCAUUCAAUCUUGCACAGGUGUAAUAUGGCUCCUCCCCUUCAGUCUUGCACCUCCCCUGUACCGACGCCUCCUCAUUCUCAGUCUUGCACAGGUGUACCGGCGCAAACUCACCCUUCCAGUCUUGCAAGGAGUAGAGGCACCAUAAUCAGUCUUGCAAGGUGUAUUGGCUCACUCCCCUUCAGUCUUGCACAGGUGUAGCUGCUCCUCCCCAUUCUGUCUUGCACAGGUGUAACAGCUUCCUCCCCUUCAGUCUUGCACAGUUGUACCAGCUCCGCCCCUUCUCCUUUCUU